GUAGGUGUCACUUAUAUCACACGGCUACAGGUGCCUUUAUUUCUACAGUCCGCUGGUGCUGGGAGCGCGCUUGCCUUCUCUUGCCUUGAAAGCCUUCUGUCUGGACCUAGCCACCACUUGUCUUCACGGUGAUGUUGGACUCCGUAACCCAUAGCACCUUCCUGCCCAACGCAUCCUUCUGUGACCCCCUGAUGCCUUGGACCGAUCUGUUCAGCAGUGAAGAGUACUACCCUGCCUUUGAGCAUCAGACAGCCUGUGAUUCCUACUGGACAUCAGUGCACCCUGAAUACUGGACCAAGCGCCACGUCUGGGAAUGGCUCCAGUUCUGCUGCGACCAGUACAAGCUUGACGCCAACUGCAUCUCCUUCUGUCACUUCAACAUCAGCGGCCUGCAGCUCUGCAGCAUGACGCAGGAGGAGUUCAUUGAGGCGGCCGGCAUCUGUGGAGAGUACCUGUACUUCAUUCUUCAGAACAUUCGUUCGCAAGGUUACUCCUUUUUCAAUGAUGCUGAAGAGACCAAGACCGGCAUCAAAGACUAUGCUGAUUCCAGUUGCUUGAAAACAAGUGGCAUCAAGAGUCAAGACUGUCACAGCCGAACAAGCCUCCAAAGUUCUCACCUGUGGGAAUUUGUCAGAGACUUGCUGCUGUCCCCUGAAGAGAACUGUGGCAUCCUGGAAUGGGAAGACAGGGAGCAGGGCAUUUUCCGAGUGGUUAAGUCAGAAGCCCUGGCAAAGAUGUGGGGACAAAGGAAGAAGAAUGACAGGAUGACGUACGAGAAGCUGAGCCGAGCCCUGAGAUACUACUAUAAAACGGGAAUUUUGGAGCGGGUUGACCGGAGGUUAGUGUACAAAUUUGGAAAAAACGCGCACGGGUGGCAGGAAGAGAAACUCUGACCGACACCGGACACCAGGCUCAUUUGAUGGAUUUCUGCUGUUUGAAACAAUCAGAUCAAAUUAGACAUUUGAAAGUCUUCCUCUUCCUCCUCCUCCCCCUCCUCUCCUUCCUCCCCCUCCUCCUCUUCAAAACCUACAAACACACUGAUAAAAUUUCUGCAUGUCUCAGCUUACAUUUGAAUUCAGUUGUUGUCUAUUGGGGCUAUGGCAUCAGCCCUUAAGCAAUCGUCUUCAUCCCAAGGGGGAGGAAGGGAAGGUCUUGUGGCAACUUGGUGUGACACUGUCUCCUUAAUGAAGUGUUUGGAGCUAAGGGAGCCAGUGUUAUGGGUGCUGUUUCAAAAGAGGACCCGUUGCACCAUUAAGACACAUGAUCCUCCCGUUCCAGGGGUUCUGAGUGGUCAACUGAGGCAGCUUGCCUGUGGUUAGUUUUUAGGAAAGGGUGAGAUGUAAGACUUCCUUGCUUUAGAUCUGAAAUUAACUCAGUUAUAUUCCAUAGAAGAAUUUUUAAUUAAAAAAAUUUUAGUGGCUAAGCCACUAAACUGGGACCUAAUUGGAUGUAGCCUAAGUCACUAAUAAGUUUCUUAACCAGAUCACCAUUUUCAACCACAUAGCCACAGUCACUUGAUCCACGGCCAGUCCUUCUGAACUUAACAUCCUUGUAGUUAGUCACCUUGGGAAUUGCUACCGAGAUUGUUACCCCCUUCACCUCACUGGUGGCUAUCAUCAGGUCUACAGUGACCUGGUCAACAGACAUGUGCAUUAAUUCCUAAAUCACUGCUGUGCCUAGGAUUCAAACCGUCAGCGUGUUCAAUUUAUUGAUUCUCUCGGAGGUCAGAAUUUAUUGAUUCUCCCUGAAGCUUAGACAUUAAACCUUUACCAAGCAGAGAACGUCCUAACAAGCCAUGAUAGCUGAACACAGCAUCAAUCUCUUCUCUUUUCUGAUGAAUACUCAAACUCUCCAACAUAUUCUCUUCACAAAAGUAAGGACAGUGAAUUUACAUCAAUCAACGUUCAUGGGUUAAAGUCUGCACUGACAUUUCCUCGUCUGCUGUUGCAUGCUGUUGGCAUGCAAGGUGUUAAUGACCUGCAACAUGGUGGAGUGCCCUGAACCCUAACUGCCCCAGAGCUGGGACUGCCUAGUGACCGGCACUGAAUAGCAAUGCAGGCUGAAGACCUCCAGGUUUAGAAUUUAACCUCAAAAGUAACUUGUUUUUAAAAAGAAAUGUGAAUUACUGUAAAAUAAUCUAUUUUUGGAUUCGUGUGUUUUUCAGGUGGAUAUAGUUUAUAAACAAUGUGAAUAAAAAUAUUUAACAUGUU